UGUCAUUCUGCCUGUGUCCUUGCUAGCUAACCAGACAGUAGCUGUAAUGUGCACCAUUUGGGAAGAUGAACUGAACUGUGCCUGAACAGAGGAUUUGAAGGAGAUUUGUGUUCAGCCGCUGUUAAGAACCGCGACAUGUUGCGAGUCGGGGGGAAAACCGCCUGCAUGGCCUGCAGGAGCAUGCUCUCCACCAACAUGGGGGUGAAAUUUCCAGUACCUCUGCAGAAGCUGCACCCUCUGUCCCGGUCCAUACACCACCGCUUCUCGGGAAACGCCAACCCCCAGCGACCUCCCCAUCGUAUGGCAGCACGCUAUUUCACCUCCAUGUCACGGUUGCCAAUGCGACCGCCCAAGCCGCCCCGUGGGUCGGGGGGCCGCGGCUACCAGCAGCAGCGCAACUUCUGGAUGGUCCGCCUUGCUACUCGGCUGCUGAAGCUUCGAUACAUUCUGCUGGGCGGGGCAGUGGGAGGAGGGUACACAGCUAAAAAGACAUAUGAGGAAUGGAAGGACAUGCUGCCGGAUUUUAGUGAAUACAACUGGGUCAUUCCUGAUUUUAUCUGGGAACUGAGUGAACAAAUUGACCUUGAUAAAUUGGCCAAAGCGCUUCCAGAGAUGGAAGAAAUCGCCAAACUACUACCUGAUCUAGACAAGAUAGGAGAGAACUUCGCUUUCCUCAAAAGCCUCCUAACAUCUGGUGUGAGAUUGGGUAGUGAAGUCAAAGGAGCUGGUCUGCAUCUGUUGUUAGAAACCUCAGGUGAUCCUCCUCUAAAAGCCACAGACUCUUCUUCUGCAGCCGCACAAGACCCCAGUGACAAGCAAUACAAAAAGGGUCUGCUCGGCGAGCUCAUUCUAAUUCAACAGCAGAUCCAGCGGCAUGAGGAGGAGGUCCGGCGGGCCGCUGCCGCCAAUAGUGCGCGCCCCCCACCGCCAGAGCCCGCUCCCAGUCCGCCUCCGCCUCCACCUCCGCCUCCGCCUCCGAACCCCAGCCCCCCUCAACAGAAGCGCAAGUCAUCAGACAAAGAAAAGUUAGACCAGCUUCAAGAAGAACUGCUUCGUACGCAGCUAAAAUACCAGCGUAUGCUGGAGAGACUGGAGAAGGAGAAUAAAGAGUUAAGGAAAGUGGUGCUGCAAAAAGACGAUAAGGGGAUUCACCGAAGAAAAGUCAAGAAAUCCCUGAUUGACCUGUAUUCUGAAGUUCUGGACAUCUUGUCUGACUACGAUGCCAACUACAACACGCAGGACCACCUACCCAGAGUGGUUGUGGUUGGGGAUCAGAGUGCUGGGAAGACCAGUGUGCUGGAGAUGAUCGCUCAGGCCAGGAUCUUUCCCCGGGGCUCAGGAGAGAUGAUGACACGGUCACCUGUCAAGGUAACACUAAGCGAAGGCCCCCAUCAUGUGGCCAUGUUCAAAGACAGUGGCCGAGAGUUUGACCUCACUAAGGAGGAUGAUCUCGCAGCUCUGAGGCGUGAGAUUGAACUGAGGAUGAGGAAGAGCGUGAAGGAGGGUCAGACAGUCAGUUCGGAGACAAUAUCGCUAAGUGUCAAGGGCCCCGGCAUCCAGAGGAUGGUGCUUGUUGACUUACCGGGUGUCAUCAGUACGGUGACAGCCGGCAUGGCAUCAGACACUAAAGAAACCAUCUUCAGCAUCAGCAAAGCCUACAUGCAGAACCCCAAUGCAAUCAUCCUCUGUAUUCAGGAUGGCAGUGUGGAUGCAGAGCGCAGCAUUGUAACCGACUUGGUCAGCCAAAUGGACCCCCAAGGAAAAAGGACCAUCUUUGUCUUGACCAAAGUGGACUUGGCCGAGAAGAACCUGGCCAGUCCAAACAGAAUCCAGCAAAUAGUGGAAGGAAAACUGUUCCCCAUGAAGGCCCUGGGCUACUUUGCUGUGGUGACAGGCAAAGGGAGCACCGGUGAAAGCAUAGACUCCAUUAAAGACUAUGAGGAGGACUUCUUCCAGAAUUCCAGGUUACUGAGAGAUGGCAUGUUGAAGGCCCACCAGGUGACCACAAAGAACCUGAGUCUGGCUGUGUCUGACUGCUUCUGGAAGAUGGUCAGAGAGUCUGUAGAGCAGCAGGCUGACGUCUUCAAAGCGUCCCGUUUCAACCUGGAGACAGAAUGGAAGAACAACUACCCUCGUCUGAGAGAGCUGGACAGGAAUGAACUGUUUGAAAAGGCCAAAAAUGAAAUCCUGGAUGAAGUCAUUAGUUUGAGUCAAGUGACCCCACAACACUGGGAGGCCAUCCUGCAGAAGAAGCUGUGGGAACGUGUUUCCACCCAUGUAAUUGAGAACAUCUAUUUGCCUGCUGCCCAAACAAUGGACUCUGGUACCUUUAAUACAACAGUAGACAUCAAGCUCAAGCAGUGGACUGACAAACAGCUUCCACACAAAGCUCUAGAGAUUGCCUGGGAGACGCUGCAGGAGGAGUUCGCCCGCUUCAUGGCUGAAUACAAAGGCAAAGACCAGGACGACAUUUUUGACAAGCUGAAGGAGGCUGUGAAGGACGAGAGCAUCAAGAGGCACAAGUGGAAUGAGAGAGCCAUGGACGGCCUGAGGGUUAUCCAGCACAAUGCCCUAGAAGAUCGUUCCAUCACAGACAAGCCUCAGUGGGAUGCAGCGAUCCAGUUCAUGGAAGAAACUCUCCAGUCACGCCUCAAAGACACUGACUCAGUAAUCAGAGACAUGGUGGGUCCAGACUGGAAGCAGAGGUGGCUGAACUGGCAGAAUCGCUCCCCAGAUCAGCACAUCCGUAAUGAAACGAAAAAUGAGCUGGAACGUUUGUUGAAGCUGCACGAAGACCACACAGCGUACUUGGCCAAUGACGAGGUCACCACAGUGAGGAAGAACCUCGAAGGACGAUCGGUCGAAGUUGACCCAGUGCUGAUCAAGGACACGUGGCAUCAGCUGUAUCGCCGACACUUCUUGCAGAAGGCGCUGUCUCACUGUAACCUCUGCAAGAGAGGUUUCUACUACUACCAGAGACACUUUGUUGACUCUGAGCUGGAGUGCAAUGAUGUUGUUCUGUUCUGGCGGAUCCAGAGGAUGCUCGUCAUCACAGCCAACACUCUCCGACAGCAGCUCACCAACACUGAGGUGCGCCGGUUGGAGAAAAAUGUGAAGGAGGUAUUGGAUGACUUCGGGGAAGACAUGGAAAAGAAGACCCAUCUCAUUACUGGCCGACGAGUCCAGCUGGCUGAGGAUCUCAAGAAAGUUCGUGAGAUCCAGGAGAAACUUGAAGCCUUCAUCGAAGCUCUUCACAAGGAGAAAUAAGAGAACCAGAACUAUUUACAGUAAAUGUUUGGAUUCAACAGAGAAAUGCACUGAACGAAGACAAGAACAUGUGUAAAUGUCCGUCAGCCUCACCACUCACCUGAUUUUAAUGCUCCUGGCCCGGCUCCCUGUUCCCACCUGGGCACUGAUGGAAAGAUGGACCUGAUCAGAUGGACCAGAUGGAGGAAUAGUUAUCAAGCUUUCUCUUUGAUUUUCCAUUUUUGUAUGUUUUUUUUCUCUUCCCCUCAUUGCUUGAGAGCUGUCGCGAGGUGAACCUGUGCACCGGCGCCCAAAACAGUAGAUCAGUAGGGAAACCAGAAGCUUCUGUUGAGCUUUCACUGAGACGAUUGUCUACAUGUUUUUCAUCCGACCUGGGAUGUUUGUGUGUACAUGAUCAUACCAGUGUGUGUAUUCAAUGAUCUAUGUACCGUGAACACCUGACAGGUGAAGUUUCAUACCUUUCUCUCACCUGGAGCUCACAGGAAACACCAAGAUACACAACUCAGUGGGUCAGAAUCUGUGUCAGUUUGUCUUUAGUUGCACUUAGGAUCCAAAGCUCUUAAAUUGUCCUCCAAGCGUCACCUGUAUUCUUCAUUCACUCUGCAUGUCUCCCUCAAUGAAGAAUUGAAAGUAUCUACCUGGUUCAAAAUCCAAUGUCCUCUCCGAUUAACAAGAAUCAUCUAUGAAGGUGUUUGCAAACUUUAUUAUAUAAAGAUUUCAUUUAUUAUUUUUGAUCUAUUGGGGUUAUUUUGACAAAUUGUAUGUUUGAAUUUCUGCCAAAUACACGUGAUGCUCUAACUCACGUUUGUCUCUGUAAAUCUAAAUGUGUUGCUCUCUCAUUAUACAUGAACACUUCAGCUACUGUGGAUCCAUUUCCCCGUGUUUCAACUGACCGAUAAUAGUAAAACCACAAAACUGAUGCCCUCUUAAUAGAUAUAAAAUGAAGGGUCUCUUACAUACACAUUAUUUAUCUGAGUUCUGCAGCUUUGAACUGUUUAGUUGAUCAUGUAUUUGUAUAUAAGACAUUACACCGUUAUACUGAUCAUCAAGUUAAAAGAUUUAAUUUCUCAAUUUCCAUGAUACAUCAUCAGUUAAAAAUGUUGAAUGAUAAAAACGUCAACAACCAAUCCAGUUGCGCAUAUCAGAUUUUGAAAGUCCAUUAGUAUAAUUGGUGUCUGUCAGUUGUUACCACCCACGUCUAUUUUUUGUUUUUCAUUUCAUCAUUCGGUCUAGUCUUACAGAGGUUGGAGGGUUCCUGUGUUUUCAAACUGUUCCAGGUUUCAUCUUAUUUGUUCACUCCCCUCUGUACCUGCACAGAGCACAGGCACCUUGUAUCUGCUCUCCCUCUUCCCAUGUCCGGCUCUAAGAUCUCACCCCUCUUGCUGCUUCAGGAAUACGCUCACUCCGAAAACCAGGAAAAGUGUACAAACUCCUCAAAGUCAUGAAAAAGGAAAAAAUAUAAUAUUCUGGCUUGUGAUUUUUAUCUGAAAAUAUACGUUGCUUUUUUCAACUCACCGCUUCUCCCACCCGUCCCUGUCCCAGGCCCUGAGGCUUCCCGAUCCUCUGCUUCUCCCUCGCUCUUAUCAUCAACCCUCCUCUUAUCUCACAUCACCACGCUCGUUGCUCCGCCUUCAUUUGGACUAGUACGACUCUUUCCACCAUCUUCUGUAAAUUCAAUUGUCCUAUAUUUGACUAAAAGGGGUUGAGAGAUUGCGUUAAUCCCAUCCAUCCACUCACAUUUCAAUAUGGGUAUUAAUAUAUAUAUAUAUAUAAAAUGCCGUACAUUGUGUACAGGUAGAGUUGAGGGGAAGUUGUGUACAGCACAUGUCUGCAGAGUGAACUUGUGUAACAGGAAACCGGUGGGUUGGUUCAAAAGCUGUUGUAUGUUGUAGAAAGUAAUGUUUGCAUGGUGUACCCCAUCAGAUGUGCUUUAUUUAUUGAAUUUGUGUUGACGAGAAAAAUAAGAAUAAAAUUGAGAUAAAUAAAACAAGAUUUUUCAUGA